UAUGAGCUAACACUGGUAGCGUCAGAUAGUCUGAAUGAGAAUUACACCACGGUAGUGAUUCAUAUCAGGGACGUCAACGAUUUGCCGCCCAAAUUUGACUGUAGCGUCUACGAAAAGACGGUGGAAGAAGAGUUUCCUGCCACUUACCCCACGCUGCUGAAACAGGUCACCGCCACGGACGGGGACAAGGACAGGCCGCAGAACAUCGUCUAUUUCUUGACGGGACAGGGCAUCGAUCCGGACAACCCGGCCAACAGCAAGUUCGACAUUAACAGGACGACAGGAGAAAUAUUUGUACUCAAGCCUCUGGACCGGGACCAGCCCAAUGGCAGGCCACAAUGGCGCUUCACUGUGUUUGCUCAGGAUGAAGGUGGAGAAGGGCUGGUGGGAUACGCGGACGUACAGGUGAACCUGAAGGACAUCAACGAUAACGCUCCUAUCUUCCCCCAGGGAGUGUAUUUUGGAAACGUAACUGAAAAUGGUACGGCCGGAAUGGUCGUUAUGACGAUGACUGCGGUGGAUUAUGACGAUCCCUCCGAAGGCACCAACGCUAAACUGGUCUACUCCAUCGAGAAGAACGUAAUAGAGGAAGAGACCGGUUCUCCAAUCUUCGAGAUCGAGUCGGAAACGGGCGUGAUCAAGACGGCCGUGUGUUGUUUGGACCGCGAACGCACCCCCGAUUACUCGAUACAGGUGGUCGCGAUGGACGGUGGGGGGUUAAAGGGCACAGGGACAGCCAGUAUAAGAGUGAAGGACAUUAACGAUAUGCCGCCGGCGUUUACGAAAGACGAGUGGUUCACGGAGGUGGACGAGACGGAUGGAAGCGCGUUGCCGGAGAUGCCGAUUUUGACGGUGACGGUGCACGAUGAGGAUGAGACGAACAAGUUCCAGUACAAGGUGAUCGAAAACAGCGGCUACGGUGCCGAUAAAUUCACAAUGGUGCGUAACAACGACGGCACAGGCUCUCUCAAAAUAGUCCAACCGCUGGACUUCGAGGACCUGCUCCAGAGCAACGGGUUCCGAUUCCGCAUCCAGGUGAAUGAUAAGGGCGAAGAUAACGACAACGAUAAGUACCACGUUGCGUACUCAUGGGUGGUUGUCAAGCUGAGGGACAUCAACGAUAACAAGCCCAUUUUUGAAAGACCCAACAUCGAAGUGAGCGUGCCGGAAAAUGCUGAGGUCGGGAAGAGUUUGGAGACGUUCAAGGCGACGGAUCCGGACCAAGGAGGCAAGAGCAAGGUGUCAUAUCUAGUGGAUCGUAGUUCAGAGAAACGCCAAUUCUCCAUAAACCAAGAAGGAACGGUCAGUAUACAGAGGUCACUGGACAGAGAGGACCCACGUCAUCAGGUGAAAAUACUGGCCAUUGAUGAUGGCGUACCACCCAAAACGGCUACAGCCACUUUGACAGUUAUUGUUCAAGACAUCAACGAUAACGCUCCGACAUUUUUGAAGGACUACAGGCCGGUCAUCACUGAACAUGUAGCACCCAAAAAGGUGGUUGAAAUUCUGGCAACUGACGACGAUGACAGAUCGAAGAGCAAUGGCCCACCAUUCCAGUUCAGACUAGAUCCCAGCGCUAGUGACCUAGUUAGAGCCAGUUUCAAAGUAGAACAAGACCAAAAGGGCGCUAAUGGAGACGGCAUGGCUAUCGUUACGUCACUGCGAUCAUUUGACAGAGAACAGCAGAAGGAAUUCCAUAUUCCCAUCGUGAUUAAGGAUCAUGGAAAUCCGGCUAUGACUGGUACUAGUACUCUUACUGUAGUCGUCGGUGAUGUUAAUGACAACAAAAUGCAGCCUGGUGCCAAGAACAUUUUCGUCUACAACUAUCAAGGCCAGGCACCGGAAACGGAAAUCGGUCGCGUGUACGUCUACGAUCUGGACGACUGGGACCUGCCCGACAAGAAAUUCUACUGGGAGAGCGCGGAACACAUCCGCUUCAAGCUGAACGAGGACACGGGCAUGAUAUCGAUGCGACAGGGCACCAGGGACGGCGUCUACCAUUUGAAAUUUAAGGUCUAUGAUAGAAAACAUACUCAAACUGAUGUACCAGCCAAUGUCACUGUGACAGUAAAAGAAAUACCUCAUGAGGCAGUGGUUAAUUCAGGAUCUGUCAGAAUUGCCGGCAUAACAGACGAACAGUUCAUCAGAGUAUGGGACUACAAAUUACACGAUUUACCAAAAAGUAUGGCCGAAAAGUUCAGAGACAAGAUCGCCGAUUUGUUGAACAUCGAUAGAGAGAAUGUUGAUGUCUUCAGCGUACAAUUAAGGAGGAAACAUCCCCCUGUAACAGACGUCAGAUUUUCUGCUCACGGUGGUUCCCCCUACUACAAACCUGUCAGGCUUAAUGGAAUGGUACUAAUGCACAGAGAAGAAAUCGAACGAGCUGUUGGUAUCAAUAUUACGAUGGUUGGAAUUGACGAAUGCCUAUACGAGAACCAAAUGUGUGAAGGAUCUUGUACUAACACACUGGACAUUAGUGCUCUACCCUAUAUGGUUAAUGCAAAUAAAACGGCUUUGGUCGGUGUGAGAGUUGAUGUACUCGCUGAAUGUACUUGCGGAGCCAGAAACUUCUCCAAAGAUGAAAACUGCAGAAACACGCCUUGUUAUAACGGAGGAAGAUGUAGUGAAACAAGAUUUUCACUUAGCUGUUCAUGUCCAGCAGGGUAUAACGGUCCAAGAUGUCAACAGACAUCCAGAAGUUUCCGAGGCAACGGCUGGGCUUGGUACCCUGCUCUGGAAAUGUGCGACAAAAGUCAUUUGCAUUUCGAAUUCAUCACUAGAAAACCAGACGGAUUACUACUAUACAACGGACCUAUUGUCCCACCAGAGAAAGACGAGAUCAUGGUAUCGGAUUACAUAGCUGUGGAACUGGAAAGAGGGUAUCCAAGGUUGCUGUUGGAUUUCGGUUCGGGAACUUUAGAAUUAAGAGUCAAGACCAAGAAAACUCUGGAUGAUGGAGAAUGGCAUAGACUGGAUAUCUUUUGGGAUACUGAGAAUGUGCGGAUGGUUGUGGAUUACUGCAAAUCAGCUGAUAUAGCGGAACUAGAAGACGGUAGCCCACCAGAAUUCGAUGACUCUAGCUGUCAAGCCCAAGGAACCAUACCACCUUUCAACGAAUACCUAAAUGUGAACGCUCCACUACAAUUAGGAGGUUUAUACGUGGAACAAUUCGAUCCAACUCACUAUCACUGGCAGUACAUGCCUGUAGGAAAGAGUUUCGACGGUUGCAUAAGAAACUUGUUCCACAACUCCAAGUUGUACGAUUUGGCACAUCCCGGUUUGUCAAGGCACAGUAUGGCCGGAUGUCCGCAAACGGAAGAAAUUUGUCAAAGAUCGGACACUACUUCAAGAUGUUGGGACCACGGAACCUGCAUCGGCAGCAUGAACGAAGCCAAAUGCCAAUGCCAUCCCGGCUGGACAGGCCCAUCUUGCGCCAUCCCCACAAUCCCCACCAGCUUCAAACCUCAAUCCUACGUCAAGUACGCUCUCAGCUUCGAACCGGAUCGGUUCUCAACUCAGGUUCAACUGCGGUUCCGUACCAGAGAAGAACACGGCGAAUUAUUCCGCGUUUCCGACCAACACAAUCGCGAGUACGGUAUCCUGGAGUCAAGGAUCAAGGACUCGCGACUGUACUUCCGGUACAACCUCAACUCUUUACGGACGGAGGAGAAAGACAUUUGGUUGAGCGCGGUACCGGUGGAUGACGGGCAAUGGCACGUGGCCAGGGUGUCGCGGUACGGUAGCGCGGCCACCUUGGAACUUGAUGGCGGUGAAGGAAGAAGGUACAACGAAACUUUCAAUUUUGUUGGGCAUCAGUGGUUGCUGGUUGAUAAGCAGGAGGGAGUUUACGCAGGAGGCAAGGCGGAGUAUACCGGCGUGAGGACGUUUGAGGUGUAUGCGGAUUAUCAAAAGGGUUGUCUAGAUGACAUACGACUGGAAGGCAAGCACCUUCCCCUACCGCCCGCUAUGAACGGCACCCAAUGGGGUCAAGCGACAAUGGCCAGAAACCUGGAACGCGGCUGCGCAUCGAACAAGCCCUGCGCAAACGUCAUUUGCCCCGAACCGUUUGAAUGCGUCGAUCUGUGGAACGACUACGAGUGCACUUGCGGCGAGGGCCGCGUCAUGUCGGCCGACUCCAAGGACUGCACCGACAAGGACGAGUGCCUCGACCUGCCCUGCCUCAACGGCGGCACCUGCGUCAACCUGGAACCCGACCUGCGCUACCGCUGCCACUGCAUGGACGGGUUCUGGGGCGAGAACUGCGAACUCAUCCAGGAGGGCCAGACGCUCAAACUGUCGAUGGGCGCGAUGGCGGCCAUCCUGGUCUGCCUCCUCAUCAUUCUGAUUCUUGUUCUCGUAUUCGUGGUGUACAAUCGAAGAAGAGAAGCUCACAUCAAGUAUCCAGGUCCAGACGAUGACGUCAGAGAGAAUAUUAUCAACUACGAUGAUGAAGGAGGCGGUGAAGAUGAUAUGACAGCCUUUGACAUCACGCCAUUACAGAUUCCUAUAAACGGACCGCAUCCGGAAAUCGAUCCCAACAAGAUUGGAUUUAACAUUAUGAUGCCCGGUCAAGAACCCAACGUCGGCAGUUUCAUAGAGGAGCACAAGAAACGGGCGGACCUCGAUCUAAACGCGCCACCUUUCGACGACUUGAGGAACUACGCCUACGAGGGCGGCGGCAGUACCGCUGGCUCGCUCAGUUCUCUCGCUGGUACGGACGACGAACAGCAAGACUACGGCUACUUGGACGCGUGGGGCCCCCGUUUCGACAAACUGGCCGACAUGUACGCAGCGCCAGGGGAAGAGACUGAACUCGAAGAGUAAACCUUAAAUUAAACAAACAGAAACCUUUUCCACAACCAAAGAAACUCGACUUAGGUUUAAGCUUAACGAUUACUUUGAUAAAAAUUGAUCGACGAAUCGAUCCAUUUUUGCUGUAGCUAUUUCGAUGAAAACGCAUCAACGUUUAAAUUCUCCGCCUCACUUAUUUUUCUCAUCGAGUUCAGUUUUUAUUGAAGUAACUCAGAGAAAUUUUAACGAAUCUUUAAUGUUAAUGACGCAUCAUCAUCAACAUACCAAAAAAGACAAUGCUCCUUCCUUUUCGAAUAAAAAAAAUAUUUUCCAUCUUACUACUUAAGUGAAUGCUUCGAUGUGUUGCGUGUUUUUGUAAUAAUAAGACUGUCCCCCACUACUCCACACAGAGUAAAUUAAUUGGGUAUGUUUUUAUACGAAAGUACUGUUCUUUUUAUCAUUUAGUACAAAUAGUACCUACUGGUAGUGAUGGGAAUACCGGUUCCACAUGAGUCGCGUUACAAUAGCGACCGUUCCAGAAAAAUACCGCGACAAAAUACCGCGAUUUUGUAACCGAGGUUCAGACUUCCAAAGUGUCGCGGUCCUCGCUAAAAAUAUAUCUAACUUAUCUAUGUAAUGUGUAUGUAUAUGUUCUAUAUUUGUAGAUUAAUGUAACUUUUAUCCGCCACUCAUUUUCCAGAUAUCGAGUUUAUAAUUGUGUAUAGCUAACAAUCUAUCUCAUUUUUAGAAAAACGAUGACAUUCCCUGUUAUUUCCAUCAAUUUUUGUUUAAAUAACAUCAACGGCUCAUAUUUAUAUGUAUUGCAAUAUAAUAUAUUUAAUGUUAAAAUGAAGAACAAAGUUGAAACAACAAAGUUGAAAAGUAAAAUAUUUUUAUUUUAUUUUAUUUCCUUUUGCGUUUCAUCUUUCAAACAACGCUAUUUUAUACCAUGCCUAGUACAUACCAAAAAUCGCUAUUUCGAAAGUAACGUAGCGACGGGAGCACUAACGCCAAUAGUAACCGACCAAAUCGCGACCGGCAAAACGGGAACCCUAGAAGCGCUCCAGCGACUGCUGGAACGAAGUACAUCGCCGCCGAGGUCGACCGUAGAUAGCCAGUUAUAUAAGCAGGGACCAGUUACUUCUGUUCGUGACAGACGGAACUACGGCUCUAGGAGCGCGACGGCUGGAGCGAACACGCGCGACGCUACGUACAUACCAGUGCCAGGUACUACUGUUGGCAACCGACGAAAUCGCGACGGCUGGAGCUAAACACCUCGCUAUGCGGUUACUACGGUUCAAGCUAACUUCAAGAGCGAUUAUAAAUAAUUUAUUUGCACAUUAUAAAUAAUUUAUAAUUUUGUCAUCAUUAUGAUCGUCGUUCAACAACUGGUUCCUGAUUCGUUGUGGAGCGCGACACGACGUUACAAAAAAUAUCGCUCCAAAAUCGCGUUACUCAAAUACCGACACAUCACUACCUACUGGUAAAAAACUUCGGUACUUUCCAAGCAAUACGUGUGUGGUACCCAAUUUUAUUUAAUAUUUGUAACAAUAAUGUAGAGAAUUUUAUCAACGUUGGUACGAUUUUUUAAUCGAGGAAAACCCCACGUAUUUCAGAUAAAAAACACUAAAUUUCGAAUACUUAAGCAAACUUCGAGGGGUGUUUUUUUAUAAUGUAACUAUUAAUCUUAGAUUGUAUUUAUUCCACUGCCAUACGAGCAUUCAAAAUACUCUUCCUAAACAUAGACAAUGCUUAUGUUGUCCCUAUUAAACUAACAUAUUGUAUGAUCACAUAAAUAUACAGGAGGAGUCUUAAAUAAGUGCAAAUAUCUUCAAGGCUGGUAGAUCUCGAUAAAAGAGGCAUAUUUUCUCUUUACCUGGUGCUAAAAGUAAGGUGCUAAAAGUAAGUCGCGUGAUUUACUUUUAACACUAAAGCGAUAAUAUUGUUACCCUAGCAGCGAUAAACUUCAUAAUUAAUUUGAUUUCAGAAUGACAUAUUAUGAAUUAUUCAUUAAUUUAAAAAGUAACAAUACCUUGAUAUAUAUGAGCAUAAACUUGUUUGUAGAAAAAAUAGUGUAUGAUAUGUGUCCUAAAAGUGAUUUUAUUUUGUUCGAAGGGAUGGGACACUCCGCCUUCUUCCCUUCUCACAAAAUAAAAUACCACUUUUAGCACUUAUAUCAUAAAUAACUAUUUUUAACUAAAAACGAAAAAAAAAUCAAUUUUUUU